GCCUCAAAGAGUGGAAGGUGAAACCAAAAAGAGGAAACAAGCAAAGCAAUGGCACUACCACCACCUCUUUCCACCCUCCUCAACUUUUUCAUGAUCCUCCUCUUAGCAUCGCCACCAACAGCCUCGACACCAGUGUGCCAUGACACAUGUGGCUCAAUACAAGUCAAGUAUCCCUUUGGCACAGGUCCUGGUUGCGGGUCCCCACUAUUCAACCCAUACAUAACAUGCACAUCAAAUGGAACAUUAGACCAACUCAUCCUCAAAACUCACACAUCCUCAUACCCUAUAACCUCCAUUUCAUACACCACUUCCACUCUAAUACUCACACCACCCUACAUGUCUACUUGCACUACCAUGCAAACCUCACCAAACUUUGGCAUAGAUUUAACUGCACCAUUCCAAAUAUCUUCCUCCACUUUCAUCCUCCUCCAUUGCCAAGUAAAAAGUUCAACCAUUUGUGACACUUCUUUUGAUUACCUUUGUGCUUCUCUUUACUCUUGCCCUGAAGUAGUCUCACUUGGUAUGCCUCUUUUUUCUCCUACUAACACAUGUUGUGUAUACUCACCGGGGAACCUCGAUGGCAAAGGGGAGUUGAAUCUUAGAGAGAAUGACUGUAGUGGUUAUACUUCGGUCGUGUCACUUGGUGAUAACCCUACUGAUCCUACUCAUUGGGUUUAUGGAGUGGCAUUGAAAUAUACACAUGGUGUUUUUGAUGACAUUGUGACCACUAAGUGUACUAGUUGUGAGAGUAGUGGUGGUGUGUGUGGAUAUGCUCCUCCAGGAAGUGGAUUUGUUUGUGUUUGUAAAAGUGGAUAUAAUACUAGCCUUGAUUGCUCUAAUUACGAUCAAAACCAGGAUUUCCUUUGGGACUCCAUCUCUCCUCCUCCCAUGUACAACGUUGGGAAUGUCUGGAGUUCCAUCUUGGCUGGUAUUAUUUUCAGCCUAGUGUAAUCGGAGGAUAAUGCUGCUGGGUUUGAUUAUUGCUAAUACUAACAGUUAAGUCAUUCAGAGGAGGUCAUCAUCAGCCUUCUUUAAUGCACAAAAGUUACCUUAGAAAAGUACAUUCAAAGAAAAAUGUAAUAAAGUUAUUGAGCAUUCAUUCCUAUGAAGUCUAGUGUAUUGUUUUUUUUUUUGGGUGCAAGUCUGGUGUAUUGGAAAAGAAAAAUGUAAAAAAAAAGAAAAGAAAAGGCGCAUCAGUGUGCAAAGCUCGGGCAUAUGUAGUCCUUACCUUGUUUUUAGGCAGAAGGUUGUUUUCAAGACUUAAGCUCGACAACGGAUUUACCUUUGCGUCAAGGCUCCCCCUUUCGAUGUA